UCAAAUAUUUGGGUGACAAUCUGGAGUCUUAAAGACUGGCAACGGGCUUUCAUAGAGAUGUACGGGCUGAGCGUAAUGUGAUUAGUAGUUUUUCUCUUUUCUUUUUUUCCUUUUCUUUGACUUCUGAAUGUGAGAGUAUUGGUUCCGCUGUGUGUCGCAUUCGGCGGUACCCUUUGAAUACAUGAAAUAAGAUGAUUUGGGUAGCAUCAAUGCACUCUCACAUAGGACGUUUCUGUGGCGCACAGCCAUGUAGGAAUUUGUAGUAAAUCUGGACCUCCUGGCUCUCGGCUCUUGACCCCCUCUAUGUGUUUCUGGGCUACCUCCGGGGGCAUGUAGUGCAGAGGGCCAUUAGGAUAGUUGACAAUCUCAGCUUGUUACAACUCCAUCAGUUAAUUGGAUCCCUUGUAGAGCCGCUCGUUUGACUCAUCUGCCACUUAAAAAGACAAAAGCGCGCUGGGGGUCGUUCACACCUCGCGCCCCCGAGCAGGUAUAAAAGAGCCACCGGCUCUCCGAGCUUCAUUCCACUCCGUUCUUCACAAGCUCGAGAACAUCUCUUCGGCGGAUAACUUUCAAGCAGGUUUUUGGACUUCUUACCUACCUAAACAGAAGCCAUGCAGACGCCUGGAAGAGCUUAUGAAAACUUUGGACAAUCAAUGCGCCCUCACGCGGCUUUCAAUCCGGACUAUGCCACUUCAUCGAAGCAGAGCGCAGGGAAAUCCUUCACAAUCGACGCUCUGCUCGCGAGACCUGAUCAUCUGGAGAGAGACAGGACAAGUGUGUAUCGGAACAUAACCAAACAAGCGCCAGUCUCGAGCUCUGCGGUCCCAUUAGCGGCACACAUGUACUCGCAAAUACCGCACUUUGCGUACAACCAGAGUAUUAUGCACACGCAGAGUGGGUAUCCCGUCUUCUGCUACCCGCCUUAUAGCUACCAGACAUGUCGUGGAGCUAUGUACUCACAAGAUGCUGUACUGGCCAAAGCAGCAGUCCACUCCCACUAUAAACACAAAGCAGGAAAAUCAAAGCGCAUGCGCACAAGUUUUACCAAUGAGCAGCUGUCCCGACUGGAGAAAGAGUUCGCACGGCAGCAGUACAUGGUGGGAUCAGAGCGCUUUCUCCUGGCAUCUGCUCUCCAACUCACUGAAGCACAGGUUAAAGUUUGGUUCCAGAACAGACGCAUCAAGUGGAGAAAACAGAGUCUUGAGCAACAACAAGCCAAACUAGCCAAACUAGGACUCGCUGUGCCACCAAAGAGCCCCGGGUCACAGGGAAGAGAGGAUGAGGAGAGAGAUUUCACAGAAGAGUCUGAUGUAGACAUCGACAUCGACGAUUCACUUCAAGACUGAGAACAUCUCACUCGCUGUUACUUUUUUACAGGAUGUUUUUGUACAUAUUCGAUUUUCUCUUGAUGACACAGUACUCUAUUUGUACAAAUAUUUAAUUAAUAGAUAUAUAUUUAAGGUGUUUCUAUUACACACCAUUGCUCUUAUAAGGGUAUCUUUGUUUUCGUUAAAACGUUUGUAUAUGGAAGAAAUAAAGGAAAUAUAUUUUUAAAAACGAA